UUGGCCAUACAUUUGUUUUUGAUUGAGCCGAUCUCUGCUCUUCCGCCCAGAGACAAAGAGAGAGAGAUAAAAAGAAAAAACAGAACACGAAAAUACCUUCCAAUUUACUGGUGUGGUGUCAAUCACGGGAAAACACGUGGUGCCCAUCCAUUCCCUUUGUUCUCUUUUUCGAUUUGCCUCGAUACACAUUCGACUACUCGCGCAAGCAAGGUGGCAAGGAAGGGAUAGAGAGAGAGAGAGAGAGAAGGAAGGAGAGAAGGAAUGUCUUUGAACCGGAGCACAAUGGAGCAUGUUAUUUACGAGGAUCAAUUUGGCGAUUUUCUGGUAUCCAUAUUUGGAAAUCCUGUCGCGAUGGUCUCUGCCGCCACUGGUGGAUGGUAUUGGGGCUACAAAAUGUGUCUCUGGUACGCCUGGUUUAUGUCCACUCUGGGAUUCGCCAGUAUCGGGAAUUUAACAGUGAUGGCCGUCGAGCGUUGGCUGCUGGUGGCCAGGCCGAUGCAAGCUUUGUCCAUAAGGCACGCGGUCAUACUGGCGUCCUUUGUCUGGAUAUACGCGCUCUCCCUCUCCUUGCCGCCAUUGUUCGGCUGGGGAAGUUACGGGCCGGAGGCGGGGAACGUGUCUUGCAGCGUGUCCUGGGAGGUCCACGAUCCCGUGACCAACAGCGACACCUAUAUAGGAUUCCUGUUCGUGCUCGGCCUGAUCGUCCCAGUUUUCACCAUCGUUUCCAGUUACGCGGCAAUCGUGCUGACCUUGAAGAAAGUGCGCAAGAGGGCAGGUGCAAGUGGAAGGCGCGAGGCGAAGAUUACGAAAAUGGUUGCGUUAAUGAUAACGGCUUUCUUACUCGCUUGGUCACCUUACGCUGCCCUCGCGAUCGCUGCGCAAUAUUUCAACGCGAAACCGUCGGCAACCGUGGCCGUGCUCCCAGCCCUGCUGGCCAAAUCCUCCAUCUGCUACAAUCCUAUAAUUUACGCCGGUUUGAACAACCAAUUUUCCCGUUUCCUGAAGAAGAUCUUCGACGCGCGAGGCUCGAGGACCGCGGUCCCCGACAGCCAGCACACAGCGCUGACCGCGUUGAACAGGCAGGAGCAAAGGAAAUGAGGACCGCUAUCCAUCGAGCGGGCCAAGCUUCGAGCUGAACGCUCAACGAAACGUGAAAUCGUUGGAUAUAAGCGUUGUUUCAACAGACCGUACAUCGAUAUAUCAAAAGAUAAUUUAAUCUCAAUAAUAAACUCGCCUCUUUCUUCUCUUCUUAACCUUAACCUCGCCUCGUCAGCUUCGGAUUUUUUUUUCUUUCUUUACACGAUCGCUCGAGAGGAGAACUCUUUCUUCAUUUCCUCCUUUUUUUUUUUUUUUUCUCCUUCGAAUCUGCACGUUUUGAAAAUGAAAAGAGAUUUUUUUUUUUUUAAGAAGAAAGGAAGGUUGGAAGGAAAAUUUGGGUGAAAGGUAAACGGUCUUUCCAUGCGAGCGAGAAAUUACGUUACGCCGUGUUAAUCGAUGAUCUCGUGUUCCUUUUCUUCGUUCACGGAUGCGUGGGUUAGUGUGACGAACGAGCAAGAGAAACGAGUCUGUAAUAUUUUAUUUUUCGAACGAACGGAAUUGCCGCUUCCUUCCUUCGUUAUGAAGGGAUUUAUCGAUUCUAAGAAAAAAAAAAAGAAAAGGGAAGAGGGAAAUUCGACAAAAGAAAAAACGUAACGAUGAAAAGCGAUUUCGUUAAUACGCCGCAUUACCGGUUAGAAGAGCGGCGUGGAAUCUGGGUAAAAUUUCACGGAUGGCGCAGCGAAAUUGCGCAGAGAGAGAGAGAGAGAAAGAGAUAAGCAAAAGGAGGCCACAUAGAAAGUGUUAAUCGUUAAACAGAACGCAAGUGAUCGCAGCAACGUUACCGAAAGAGUACAACAAGAAUUUUAAUUAAACUCCAUUUACAUCACACACAAUCCACCGUUUUAAAGUCCAUAAGGCUUUGUGGCUAAUGGUAAAUGAAGCCGCGUGUGUGGGAAGAAGAACGUAUAAAGCAAUGAAGCAAUUACCGGGUCGGUUAAGAAUCGAUCGUAAAACAGACAACAACACGUUACCCGGCAAAAAUAGUCGAUAACCAAUCAAAUUUUCACCACCCCUAAUGGAACAGAGAGAUUUCACGCCCAUAGAAUAGUAAUAAGUUACACACUGUUAUUUUUUCCCUCCCUCCUCCUCCCCCCGCUCUCUCCCUCUUUCUCUCUCUGCCUAUCUCUUUCUCUCGAGAAGGGGGCGGGGAGGGGGGGGAAACGUCAUCAAACGGCACACGUUAUGGGCUAGGGGAG